CACGCAACCAUGCCUUCUACAUUUCUGCGUACCCUCGCCACCCUACUCAUGGCGACAUGGCAGACGGCUAUGCGCCUGGUUGGCUUGACCUCCUCUCACCUUGCGGCACUCCCCAACAAAGAGCUCCAGGCAGCCGCUCUACUUCUCGUCCCCACCAUACUGCUCAUUCUGAUUCAGGAACCGGAGUUCAUCUUGAUACCUGCACGGCAGCUGAGGGUCGGGGUCUUCGCGAUGACAUGCGGCUUCUUGACAUGCUGGCUCACGAUAUUGUGCAAGGACAAGAUGGAAGAUUCGAAACGGAUCCAGGUCUGGUUGAACGGCCCUACCUAUCCCAGCAUGCCGGCGGAAUAUGAAAAAGAUGAUGAGAAGCAAGAUUUGGAUGCAUCGACUAUACUCAGUCCCCCUUCCGCAUCAAUCGUCACACAUGCGUCCGGCGUCAUUGGACCUUCACCGCACCCGAAUCGAGCUCGCAAUAUCGCUGAGAAGGCACUCAAGCGCACACACUCAUCCGGUGUCCUUGGGCCCUCGCCGCACCAAAAUCGAUUCCGCAACUUGACGGAGAAGUUACUCGCGAAAAGUCCAUUGAAGUGGACUAACAGCGGGAAAUCUGAUGCGACAGAGGAGGGCGAUGACAAAGAUAUGGGCGACGAUGAGGCAGAGGCAGAGGCGAAGAAAGAUGAGGAAUCGGAAAAGCCGCAGGAGCGUCCGAAGCGAUCGUACUGGGAUACAAAUACUCACACUCUGGCGUGGAUGGAGAUCCCGGACGACGAUAAUGCCGCACGUAUGUACAUGUAA